AUGGAUUUGGGGUCGCUCAUUGACAUCGUCGGAUCUCUAGGCCCUCAGGUCUCGGGUAUUCCAAUUGACAGCUCUGUUUCUGAGGCCGUCUCCUUGGGCGCAUGGAGAGAGUCUCGCAGUAGGAACCCCAUUUUGAGAAGACUUCGACAGUCCUUACCCACUCAGAUUCCAGACAUAAAUUCACCUGAGGAUGACUAUUAUAUGUGGAGGAACUCCCCUGAUGAUCCUCCGUCAGUCUUCUCAACUUCAAAGCUUUGGACUUCAUUGAAUCCCCCACCGCCGUUGGUUUCAUGGCAGAAUGCUAACAAAGGACAGGUUAAGAUCAUGGGGUCUCCAGGUUCCAGCAGAAUGUCUUCUCUGUGGUCAUGCGGCGGAGGCGGCAAACCAUCUGUUCUUUGA